AUGGCCGAUGUUUCCUCCACAGAAUUAAAAGCUGCUUACGACGAAGUCUUAGCUGAUUCAAAUGAUACCAACUGGUGUUUAUUCAAAUACGAAGGUAAAAACAAAAUCGUCUUAUCCGGUAAAGGUAGCGGUGGUUUUGCUGAAUUAGCCCAAGAAAUCAACCAACCAUCUGAACGUUUAUAUGCAUACUUAAGAGUUGUAUCUGGUGAUGAUGAAUCAAAACGUUCAAAAUUCGUUUUCAUCUCAUGGUGUGGUGAAGAAGUUGGUCCCCUUGCCAAAGCUAAUGUCUCUGUCCACAAAGCUUCAGUCAAACAAGUCAUCAAAAACAUUGGUGUUGAAGUCCAUUACACCGUCGCUGAUGAUCUCAAUGAAGAAGAAUUAAUGACCAAAGUUCGUAAAUCAAGUGGUGCUGAUUACUCUGGUAACAAAUCAACCAACUAA